GCUGGGAUUGGCUGCGUGUGUGUGAUGGCUUGAUCAAACUCCCUGAUUGACUCAUUCCAUUCUCUCUUCAACUUCACACUCUGGACCAGACCGUCAGAAUGAGAGGGACUGCUCUAGUUCUGUUCUGCUGUGUGUGUGCAGUGCAGGGGAUUGUAAGAAUCCCUCUGCUGCGGCUGCCCACUGUACGCUCCCAACUACGUGCGUCCAACCGCCUAGAGACGUUCAUGCGAGACCAUCAGCCUGAUAUCUUCCAGCGCACCUAUAUGCAGUGUUUCCCCCCCGGUACCCAGUCCCUCGUUAAGGGCCGCAGCAUUGAGAAGCUCUAUAACUUCAUGGAUGCUCAGUACUUUGGUCAGGUGAGUUUGGGUACUCCUGCACAGAACUUCACUGUGGUGUUUGACACGGGCUCAUCCGACCUGUGGGUCCCCUCCUCCUACUGCGUCAGCCAGGCAUGUUAUAAUCACCAACAGUUCAAGGCAUUUGAGUCAAGCACUUAUGUCCACGAUGGGAAAGUGUUUGGCAUCCGAUACGGAUCUGGGCGCCUGAUGGGUAUAAUGGCCAAAGAACUCCUAAAGGUAGGCUCUAUUGCGGUGAAGAACCAAGAGUUUGGGGAGUCAGUGUUUGAGCCAGGCUUCUCAUUUGUAAUGGCGAAGUUUGACGGCAUUCUGGGGCUGGCCUACCCAGACCUGGCCGAGGAGUUAGGAGCCCCUGUGUUUGACAGCAUGAUGAUGCAGAAUCUUGUAGAACAGCCAAUAUUCUCCUUCUACCUCAGCAAGAGUAAGACCUACUCCACCCAGGGUGGGGAGCUUCUGUUAGGUGGGAUAGAUGAGUCCCUGUAUACUGGCCCCAUUAACUGGGUGCCUGUCAGCAUCCACAGCUACUGGCAAAUCAACAUGGGCACAGUGAAAGUCCAAGGUGUGGAUAGUUUCUGUUAUGGGUCUAAACCUUGUCAGGCAAUUGUGGACACAGGCACAUCCCUAAUUGCUGGACCAACCAAUGAGAUUACUAUUCUACAUGAGCUUAUUGGAGCCACGCCUACCUCUGUCGGAGAGUACCUGGUUGACUGCCAGCGGAUGUCCAGCCUGCCUGUGGUAACUUUUACACUGAAUGGGGUGGAGUACCCCAUCUCAGCCGAGUCAUAUGUCAGACGGGAGGUAUUGGGUGACCGAGAAAUCUGCUUUACCGGGUUUACAGCAGUGGAUCUCACCACUCCCAUGGGACCAAGUUGGAUUCUGGGAGAUGUAUUCCUCUCUGAGUACUACAGCAUCUUUGACCGUGGCCAGAACCGUGUCGGCUUUGCUCAACUCCGACGUUAAUUCUAAGGGGACCUGAUAACUGUCAGAUCAUUAACUGCUUGUGAUGUGUAAAUAAAUUGCAAGACCUCGAA